AUGUUGAGAUUACUGAAUUUCAUUUUUGUUGUUUACGUUUCUUGUCAAAGUUUGGAUACGCCGUAUAAUCCAAACUAUCAAGUUCCAUAUCAAACCGAUAACUAUCAAAAUGGAACUCCAUAUCGGCCUCCGCUGCAAGUACCUUAUGGAAGCUUUCCGGUUAAUCCAAACGAACACACGUUCCAGAGUUCGUUUUACCAGGACAGUGGUAAUUCUGACACCUACGGCGACGGCGAUAAUGAAGUAGAUCCGCAAAACACAGCAACUUAUUAUGCAGGUCUCGAUUACGAGGAGAGAUAUAAAUGUCCACCUAAUUGGAUUCGUUACCGGGAAUCCUGUUAUCGAUUCACAAAGUCGCCUAAUCGACCCCGCAACGAAGCCCGAAAAAUUUGUCAAGCAUAUGAAGCAGAUUUAGUUUCUGUCAACAGUCCAGAAGAACAUGGCUUUAUUAUUACAACACUUAUGCGUAUAGAUCCACAAAGGGGUUCUUGGUAUAUUGGUGCUCAUCAACAAUCCCCUGGAUAUUGGUCAAAUGAUGGAGAUGGUUCACAAUUGUCUGGCCUAGAUAAUGCAUUUUUCGAUGACCACAAAUUAACUUAUAUGAGUUACAACUUUUUACCUCGUGACUAUUUAGUGUAUAGAUUUUCACAGCAAGAUGGUAGAUGGGGUCUAGCUCCUGUUGAAGGUACUCAAUAUUUUCAUUUUAUUUGUGAAGGUCAAACUCAAAGGUUGCACUAUCUCAUUGAAGAGGCUAGAUCUUUCACUUAUGGUCUAGAUACAUAUGAUCCUGAGAGGAUUCCUAGGGGCCCAUAUUUUAUACAAGAACCAAUAGAUACAAUAUAUGACCCAUUACGCAACCAUCAUGUCCAAUUAACAUGCAUUGCUGGAGGCUACCCUGCCCCCACCUAUCAGUGGUUCAGAGAGGAUUAUCAAGUGGAUAGUCCGAUUUAUACAGAAAUUGAUCCUCUCUCUGAUUCUCGAUUUAUUUUAAGCGGAGGAACAUUAAUGAUAUACAAUCCUGAUGCAGACAAAGAUAAUGCUAAAUAUCACUGUACAGCGACAAAUAAAUUUGGAACAAUAAGGUCAGAGUCAGUAAGAUUAUCAUUUGGAUUUAUAAGGGAGUUUAAUCAGAAAAGAUCAGUUGAAAGUGGAAAACAAUACUGGGGUAAAGUAAUGUACUGUGAUCCACCUUCCUAUUACCCCUCUGUUAAUUUUUUGUGGGCUCGAAAUUAUUUUCCUAAUCUUGUUGAAGAAGAUAGGAGGGUGUUUGUAUCCUAUGAUGGUGGACUUUAUUUCUCUGCUCUAGAAACUAUUGAUCGAGGAAACUACAGUUGUAAUGUUAUGAGUAAAGUAUCAGAUGCAGGCAGAAAUGGACCUUUCUUUCAACUUCUAGUUUAUCCUCACUCUGAUUACCAACAAUUAAAGUUUCCAAAUAAUUUUCCCAAAGUCUUUCCGGAAGCUCCCAUUGUAGGCCAGGAAGUAAGAUUAGAAUGUGUAUCAUUUGGUUAUCCAGUUCCCUCCUAUAACUGGACCAGAAAGAAUGGUCCAAUACCUAAAAAAGCUUAUUUAAGUAAUUUUGAUAGAGUGUUGACAAUACCUAAAGUAGGUGUUGAAGAUGAAGGUGAAUAUAUUUGUGAUGUGCGUAAUGAUAGAGCUCAUAUACUAAACAGUGUAUUUGUGAAAGUACAAGCAGAACCUAAUUUCACUAUACCUCUAGCGGAUAAGCAUAUGGAUAAUAAGGGCGACUUACAUUGGAACUGUGAGGCAUUCGGCAUUCCAGAUGUUAAUUAUACUUGGUGGAAAAAUGGUGAAAAACUAUUAAUAGAUACAAUAGAUUUACAAGACAAGGAUAGAUAUGUUAUCCAAGAUAAUGUUUUAAUUAUAAAAUAUUUAGAUCCUAUUAGAGACCCUGGUAUGUAUCAAUGUGAAGCAAAAAACCAACUAAAAGCUCGUUUCUCAUCUGGGCAAUUGCGAGUACUAUCCUUAAAACCAUCUUUCAAGAAACGUCCAUUGGAAACUGAAACAUAUGGUUCUGAAGGAGGUAAUGUAACUUUAAAAUGCAAUCCUGAAGCAGCACCAAAACCAACAUUUACCUGGAAAAAAGACAAUAUUGUCAUAGGAGCAGGCGGCAAACGAUUCAUUACUGAAACUGGCAACCUUAUAAUCAGACAGCUUUCAAGGGACGAUGAAGGGGUAUAUACAUGUGUGGCUAAGAAUCAAUAUGGAUCAGAUGAAAGUCGGGGACGCUUAAUAGUUCUACGAGCUCCUCGUUUUAUUGAAAAAUUACCACCUAGAAUCACAACAGAAGUAGGUAAAACAGUAUUUUUGCAUUGCAGUGCAGAUAUUGACCCUUUGCUGGACACAGCUUACCUAUGGAAUCACAAUGGAAUACGUAUGAAACAAGCCUCAGAUAUUUAUGCAGAUAAGAGAAUAAAAAUUGAUGGUGGAGAAAUGACAAUUUAUGACCUAAGUUUAUCAGAUGUUGGCGAAUAUGAGUGUAUAGUUAAAUCUGCAAUUGGUCGUAUAUCUUCUCGUAUGCAACUGAGGAUUGAAGGGCCACCAGGCCCAGCUGGUGGAUUACAGGUUUUAAAUAUUCAAAGAUCUUCUGUUACUUUGGAGUGGACAGACAGUAAUCCCAAUGGUCGACCUAUAACCAGCUAUGUCAUUACUGGGCGCACACAAUGGAAUUCUUCCUGGUACGUUAUAAAUGAUAAUGUCGUGAACGUGAUGGAAAUAGACAGGUAUAAUGGACGUAAAAGAGCAGUAAUAUCAACCACGUUAAUGCCAUGGUCGGUUUAUGAAUUUCGUGUACAAGCAGUCAAUAGUUUAGGCAGGGGCGAGCCAUCAUCACCCAGCCCGCAAUUUUCCACUCAAGCCGACAAACCAUAUCAAGCUCCAACUAAGGUUGGGGGUGGCGGUGGUAAAAUUGGAGACCUUACGAUUAGUUGGACUCCUUUGCCACCCGCCCUGCAAAACGGACCUGGAAUCCAUUAUAAGAUAUUUUGGCGGCGAAAUGGUUCAGAAGUCGAAUUCCAAUCGCUCCUGCUUAAGGAGUUUGGUAAUAUCGGCAUGCAUAUAGUACACGUGUCUUUAGAUUAUUUUUUUACCCCUUAUAAUGUCAAAGUACAAGCUUUCAAUGAGCUUGGAGCUGGUCCAGAAAGCGAAGUUGUAACGAUAUAUUCCGCUGAAGAUAUGCCGCAAGUAGCGCCACAACACGUCACGUCCCGUUCAUUCAAUUCCACUGCGCUCAACGUCACCUGGCAACCCAUUGACCAGUCUCGUAGUAGACUUCGAGGCAAGUUGAUUGGACAUCGUCUUAAGUACUGGAAGGAGGAAAAUAAAGAAGAAGAAUGCAUAUACUACUUGUCAAGAACAACUCGUAACUGGGCUCUUAUUGUGGGUCUACAGCCUGACACCUACUACUAUGUGAAGGUUAUGGCAUUCAAUUCCGCUGGAGAAGGACCUGAAAGUGAGAGAUUCCUUGAGAGGACAUACAGAAAGGCACCUCAAAAACCACCAGCGUCAGUAAAUGUAUGGGCUGUAAACCCCAGUACAGUUCGGGUUGUGUGGAGAUAUGUUCAGCCAACUUCCGAAGAAGAACCACUUCUUGGAUAUAAGGUGCGAGUGUGGGAGAUUGAUCAAGAUAUGAGUGUUGCCAAUGACACAUUAGUUCCAGUGGAUCACAAACUAGAAGCAUAUGUGACUGGCCUAACACCUGGGAAAACAUAUAACCUCAGAGUCCUUGCAUACUCAAAUGGAGGUGAUGGAAGAAUGUCUUCACCUGCUAUUACAUUCCAAAUGGGUGAUUAUCACAGUGAUGCAUAUGGGUACUAUGUUAGGGGGGGUAGCACACAAGCUUCUAUUCAGACCAGCAUAUUGGCAUUGGUUUUGUGUAUCUACAUAUUUUUGUAA